GAAUGAUAAACGAAUGCAUACAUGGUGCAUUCGAUUUCUAGUGCAUUCUAUAGAUUUCAUUGCAUUCGAUAUAUUUCUGAUUUUCUGACCAUUUCUAGAUUUGUGGGCAUUUGUAGAAUAGAUAACUAAUAACUAUAGUAAUUUAUUAGGACCACGAGGCACGAUACACCAGUACACACCGACCUGAGCUUCUAAAAUGGCUGAAAAUCUAGAAAAACAAAAGGAUGCAUCAUCAAGUGCUGAAGAUGUUAAUAAACCUCAAAGACUUUUGUUAUUCGAACAAUUUAUAAAAAAAGUUGAACAUUCGAUUCUAAAAGUGGAUGACUUCCUUAGCAAAAUUAGUACUACCUAUAAACUUGACAUAAAGCCAAUGAAUAUGGAAUUUUUAAAAUUGGAUAAAUUUUUUGAGGUAUGGGUUUGUCUAAUAUCUCCACGUAUGACAAAGGAUAAUUCAUUGAUAUUUGAUGACGAGACUUGUUUUACAAGACAACAACUUGAACUCAUCUAUGGAACCGAUUUUGUUAAAACAUUCGUAGAAUUUUUAUUGUCAUUACAAACAUUUUCUCAGAUUGAAUUGAAAUUAUUCACUACUGUUGCUGUAUUGAGCAAUAAUAUAUACUCUUAUACUUUGUCUGCUGCUGGACAUUAUUUUUUUGAUAAUGAUAAAGAUGCACAAAAAUUAAAAAAUUUUUGUGCAAGUUUUUUUGAUUAUGACAUUUUACCAAAGUUACUAAAAUUACGGGAACUUGUUGAACAACACAAUAAUGCAAUUGAGAGGUUUUGUGAAAAUUAUUGGCCUAAAUUAGAUAUUUCCAAACUCAUUGCUUUGCGAUUGAAUAUUCCAAUCACUGAGGACAUGCGUUCAAGUUCAGUGGAUCUCGGAUUGAUUGCUGAAAUUGUUGAAGCACGAAAAAUUCAUUUAUGGAAUGGUUGGGCAAAUGCAAUAACAACUCAUAUAACGAGACGAUUAAGCUUUGCACAUGUUUGUCUUGAAUCAUUAACAAGAAAAGAUCAAGCAUGUCUCCUAAAACACGGUUUGGUUGAGGUAUGGGUUUGUGAAAAAUCAUGCCACAUGCCUAUAAAUCCAAUCGAAUUCCGUCCUAUGAAUAGUUGUAGGAAGCAACUUGAACUUUUGCAUGGACCUGAUUUUGUUAAUGCAUUUACAGAAACUUUAUUGUCAUUGCAAGCAUAUCAAUUAUCUACACUUGAAAUGGAAUUAUUUCAGGAGAUUGUUUUAUUGAACCAAAGACCUGGUUUAGUUGACGUUGAAGCUGUACAAAAAUUACAAGAUCUUGCAAUUGAAAAGUUCUCAGCAGAAAGAUUAAAAAAUCAAACGAAUAAUGUUGAUAUUCCAACUCUUGAUAUUUCACAAAUGUUAUCAAAAUUACAAGCACUUUCUUUACUACACUCGAAUUCUCUUGAUUGGUUGAAAGAAAAUUCAAGUAAAGUAAGUCUUCCAGACUUUUUUUGUGAGCUCUUCGACGUCCCAAAUUUUAUUUUAAAAAAAAUAUGA